AUGGCCACCGUCAGAAUAUGCGUCUGCGGCGAUGAGGGCUGUGGUAAGUCCAGCCUCAUCACCUCUCUCGUAAAAGACACCUUUGUGAGCACCAGGAUUCAAGCUGUUCUGCCUCAAAUCACAAUCCCGCCGACCCUGGGCACUCCUGAAAAUGUUACCACGGUAAUUGUCGACACCUCUGCUCUCCCACAAGAUCGUGCAACCCUAGCCAAAGAGCUGAGAAAGUCCAAUGUCAUCCUUCUCGUCUAUUCAGACCACUACAGCUAUGAAAGGGUCGCUCUGUUCUGGCUGCCCUACUUUCGUUCGUUGGGCGUCAAUCUGCCUGUUAUCCUGUGCGCAAAUAAGUCCGACCUGAUCACGACGUCUACUUCCGCUCAGAUAGUCGAGGAGGAAAUGUUACCGGUCAUGUCAGAGUUUAAAGAGAUUGAUUCAUGUAUACGAACUAGCGCCCGUGAUCACUUCAAUGUCAAUGAAGCAUUCUUUCUCUGCCAGAAAGCUGUCACCCAUCCGAUCGCUCCUCUGUUUGAUGCAAAAGAAUCGGUCCUCAAACCUGCCGCCGUAGCUGCGUUGCUUCGCAUAUUCUACCUCUGCGACAAGGACAAGGAUGGGCUUCUGAACGAUAAAGAGAUGGAAGAUUUUCAGGUCAAAUGCUUUGACAAAGGGUUGAGCUCUGAAGAUCUGCAGCAUAUCAAAGAAACCAUCGACAACCAUAUUCCAGGAGCCGCUUCCACGAGAGGCAUCACUUCUCAGGGCUUCCUUCUCCUCAACAAACUCUACGCUGAAAAAGGACGUCAUGAGACCAUCUGGGUCAUAUUACGGACGUUUCAGUACACUGAUAGCCUGUCUCUAGAAGAGUCAUUUUUGCAUCCCAAGUUCGAAGUGCCUGAAUAUGCUUCUGCCGAACUGUCUCCGGCUGGUUAUCGCUUCUUGGUCGAUCUGUUCCUGACUUCCGAUCGAGACAAUGAUGGUGGUCUGAGAGAUGAAGAGCUGGCCUCUUUGUUUGCUCCAACGCCUGGGAUUCCACAAAUAUGGAUCGACAACAACUUCCCUUCAUGCACAAUGAGGAAUGAUGCUGGCCAUGUCACUCUACAAGGCUGGCUUGCACAGUGGUCCAUGACCACAUUUACCUCUCCAAAGACCACAUUGGAAUACCUCGCAUAUCUGGGCUUCGAAUCAACAGAUCGUUCUAAUACGAGCACAACGGCUGCUUUGAAGUUGACGAAACCCCGCAAGCGAAGGCGGAGACCAGGUCGAGUAGGCCGGAAUGUCCUCCUUGCUCACGUUCUGGGUGCUCCUCAGUCUGGUAAGUCUGCUUUGCUGGACGCAUUCUUGGCCCAGCCAUUCAACAACCUCUAUCAUCCCACUAUCCAGCCUCGCGUGGCCGUCAACACUGUGGAACUGCCUGGCGGAAGGCAAUGUUACCUCAUACUGAAGGAAUUGGGGGAAUCCGAGGCGGCUGUUCUGGAGAACAAGAGCAAACUUCUGGACCAGUGCGACGUAAUUGUGUACGCCUACGACUCGUCCGAUCCAGACUCGUUUGCAUACAUUCCAAACAUCCGGAAGACGUACCCCCACCUGGAAGAUCUGCCGUCAGUGUACGUCGCUCUGAAAGCCGACCUCGACCGAACCACCCAAAGAUCCGAAAACCAGCCGGAUGAGUAUGUUGCUCAAGUCCAGCGCAUGCCACAAGGACCUCCCAUAUCUACCAGUGUUACUUGGCCUUCAAUUCAAGAGCUGUUCGUGGUCAUUUCUGAAGCUGGCUUGGAGCCAGUGACAGCAUACCCACGGCCACUACAAGAAGAUGAUGAUGGGCAGUUGAUGAGGUAUGGGCUAGCUCUGGGGGUGGUGGUAUGCGCAGCCGCAGCGGCGGUAGUGAUAUGGAGACGCUCAGCCAUGCCGGGGAGUUGA